ACUUUUUGUGCUGCUUGAAAGUGCCCUAGUUAGCGAAGCCUAAUUAUUUUAUUUUCAUCCACAAAUUAAUACUUACAUCUGAACCCAUGUACGGAUUUUGAGCAGACAUGAAUGUAACGAUAUAUAUUGUUUUCUAAAAGAUUUUUGUUUUUUCUUCAGGGAGCUGGCUGCACAGCCUUACUAGUAGCAGUAGUAUCAAGAAAACUAGAGCUAACGAGAGCUGAGAAACAUUUGAAAAAUGCGGCCGCUAACGUUUUAAGAGAAACCUGGUUGAUCUACAAACAUACAAGGCUAGUGAAAAGAGUAAAUCCAGGUAGAGUAAGAACUCAUCAAAGGAAAUUUUUACUUGCUAUAUAUGCUUAA